AUACCGUUACUAGAAAAUUUCUGUGGUUUUUUAUUAAAUUUCGACACAGUUUUCGGCACGAACUUAUGGGACGAUCUAAUAAAUGAAAAAUUAAGGAUAUAUUUAAUUAAACCUAUCUGAUAAUCGAUAAAAGGAUACGUCUUUGAAAUGUUAAGAAGCAGAUACAGUACGACGAGUUACGGGCUCGUUGGUAUCUACGAUCGGUUUGUCGAUCAUGACGGACGUUUUCUUUCCGGUGACGACAACCAUAGAGUCUUGGACAUCCUCGCAAAUAGAAAUCAAAAGCCAGCAUCGAGCAAUCCUUUAGAAGGUGUUCAUCGCGAAUCCUUUGGAAAUCCAUCUCGUCCACGACUAACAGGAAUAGAGAAAACAAAGAAUCACCUGAACGAGUUCUAUUUUUCUGUCUCCCCUCCAUUUUCUUCGACUCAAUUCAACACACACAAUCAUCCAGCACCUGCCAAGAUUGUUCAAGAAAGAGUAUUGAACAGACACGACAAAACAGUCGAUACAAAAAUUAGAUAUGUUCCUCGUACUAGCGGGAUUACCAGAAUACGCCAUGACGAAGACGCGAAGGUUCCGAAAAGUGAAAAUGUUACGUUAAAAACUCAGCAGAAGUUCGAAUGGAAUAAAUCUCCCCUAACGUUAGACUUUCCUAUCUGUCAUCGAAAAAUGCAACCUGGAAUGAAGACGAUGGAACUGCACGUACAACGUGCCAUAAACUGUGACAACUUGCACGACUGUCGUCGAACAUGUGACUACGAGAAGACUUUCGACUGCAAAGGUUUUAACUAUAGAAGUGGAUCGGGUGGUUCAACCGGCGUGUGUGAACUAACAGCAACGCCAUACUAUCGCAUGAAUGUUGACAGAGAUUUUUUGAUGGAUCCUAGAUACGAUUACUAUGAAAGGAAUAGAAACUGUCCGCCUUCUACGUGGGCCACUACACAAUGGACAGAUCAGCCUAGAGUUUAUGAUCAAAAUCGGCAAGGUGGUUCAUGGUCACGGUUGGACCACAAAAGUACCAACGAAGAUCUUCCAGGCCCACCAAACUAUCCGGAAAGCUAUCCAACUAACCAGGAAUUCCCUGGCGGAUUCCCUGGCGAAAAUGUUCAAAACUGGAAUGGGCCUAUUUGGCAGAAUCCAGAGAUGCAUUAUCCUGGUCCUAUUUACGACAAUUCUGUCCACGAUGCUCCCAUCAACUACAACAAAGGAUUUUCGAACGAAAGAUCUUCAAUUUUUCCAAAGCAUCGACCCGAAGAUCGAUCGGAACCGCAGGAUUUCAAUAUCCCACGGGAAACCGAUCAGAUUUAUGGAAAAUUUCAUAAUUAUGGUAGCGCGUUUGGAUAUAACGAUAAUUUUGUACCGACAGCGAAAGAAAUUCCUUACGGAGAACAUCAAAAAUCGCCAAGAGCACAGAAAUGUUCCGUUAGAUCCGCAGCGGGGUCAAAACUAAGUAGGAGCGUGUUGCGUAAAACUUGUCUGGCGCGUGAUUUGAUGCAGUGCGAAGAUCUUUGUGUCAAUGAAUCAGCUUUUUCUUGUGGAAGUUUCGCUUAUAGAUACAAUGUGUUGAAUACCAACCCUACGGACAACUGUUUACUGAGCGAUCUUCCUCACCAAGAUUUAAACUUUUACACGGAUCUCGAGCCUGAUCGCGAUUACGACAGCUAUGUGAUCAUUCAAGAUACCAAGGUUUGUCUCUCAAAGAAAGCAACGAAUCAGUACCCAGAGGAAGAGUGUUUCUCUAGGGUCAGAAGCGGAUUUGGUAUACCUGCAGAUGUCACAAAGAAGUCGAUGCAUGUCGACGACUUAGGAGAGUGUCAGUUUGCGUGUACUAUGUCGCAAGAGUUUGUCUGCAGAAGUUUUGUCUUCAAAUAUGGAAUGGAAGAGUAUAACGAUCAUGUGCACGGACAUGGUCAAGAUCGUGCCUCGACCAAUUGUUUCUUGAGCGAUUGGCCACCUGGAGAUAUAAACCCCACCAAUAUGCCUGACAUGGAUGGAGCGGAAUUAUAUGAAAGAAGCAGCUUCUCCUACGGCUGCGAAGCAUACCCUGUACCCUUAGCCAUCCCUGAUGUAGCUACGCCGCACGACAGGCUACCCAAUCAGUUACAAAUGGAUGAACUUUGCUACUCGCAACAUUACAGGCCAUGCAAACUAAUGGCCCACGCAAUAAUGUCCUCGACAAGAGCGGACAGCAAAUCCGAGUGCCGUCAAAAGUGCUCCACGAUGAGGAACACGGGUGCCAUACCACCCUGCAUGUCUUUCAAUUAUAUGAUCGCUAGCGAUAAUACCCGAGAUAACUGUAUGCUGAGCGAAAUACCGAUACGAGAUCUGAGGCCAAAUGUUGACUACAUCCAGGAUGACGAUCAUUUACUAUACGCCUGGAGAGAUCUUGAUCCUUAUUGCGCAUCAGUCCCAGAAGAACACAAUCAACCAUUUCCUCCCGCGCAAGAUCAUCAUACUCAUGGUGUAUUCGACGACGGAACUCAUCCUCUAGAAUCAGAUUUCCAUCCUCCUUUUCCAACCAGAAAUAAAUUCAGGCCUGGGAAUAACGAGGAUCAUCAGAUCGAUAACGUUGCCGGCUCUCGCCCUGUUUCAGAUGGUUUUGAACAGGGAUUUGACUUCUUGUACCCAAGAAAAGAAUUGUCCACUUUCCAACAUUAUACAGUAAAUGGUCACCCUUGCAAGAAUGGCACAGUUUGUCAACGCAAUGAGGUUGUUGAUUUCUGGUCCUGCGAAACCGAAGGAAGUGAAUAUGGUAGCUGGGAUUAUUGUUGCAACCCUAACCAUAAAUGUGGCUUUUCACAUGGAUAUCAUUAUCCAUGGUGUUAUGUGGGCUCUAAUGAAGAUCAAUGGAGGCCUUGUAGCGAAAAAUAUUACCCCUAUUAUUUAUCCAAGGAUCAUGCAGCGUACGGACAAUCAUCGGCGCGCCAUUGGCCAAUUAUGUAUCUUCACAAAACGUUGCCACCAAACUGCACCAUCAACCCUAACAGUCAGAGUUUAAGUCAAAAUCACAGACUCGUUGUGAGAGCUAAUGGAAGUUAAAAAAGAUGAAUAUUUUGAUAUUUAUACCAUAAGCGUAUUAAUAAUAGCAUCCUAAUAAACAGAACUAACCAAUUUCCUCCUGAACAGAAACGAUCAAAUAUCUUAUUACUAUUACAGUAACAAAUAAAACUCUACAACCAAACUGAUUAUGUUUUUUCCU